AAAGUAUACUGUCUAGUAUGUACUAUAAAUUGAACAUGUUGCCCAGUGUGCAGAUGUUUUUCUACUGUACAUAAAGUGUACCAUCUUUCAAUAACUGUGAAACAAUAGGACUGACAUCACAAACAUCACACAAAAUUAACAUAGAAAUGAUUUUUGGUGAGACACGAAUAAAAGAAAGAACGUAACCGUGUAAAGAAUGAUGUUAUAAAUGAUGGUAUAAAAGAGCAAUUUAUAAGUGGAAAGGUUUUAGGAGGAUUCACAAAAGUGGCGCCUCAUGAAGAACGAAGAAGAGUUCUGAAAAUAAAACUCUAGUCUGUGGAAAAGCUGUGUGCCAGUCUGGCAAGGGCUCAUGGGAAGGGUGUGGCUCCGUCUUACUAAAUGUGUCACACAAACACACACCCGUCUGUGGAAAUAAGUGGGGGAGAAACACACGACCAAAUGAAUGAGUGUUUUUUUUUCCCAGUUUCAGCUUCCCCCCCUUUCCUGUCUGAAAUUGCUUCCAUGCGUUUUUCUCUUUACGUUUCUCUCUCUCUCUUCCUUCACUUCUGAGUCUUUCAUUUACUGGUGCGAGGAUUCCACUGCCAGCCUGAAAACAGAGGAAUGUGCCAUGAGCCGGACACCGGUAUAAAACAAGGAAAAGGGAAACAAACAGAGUUUAUAGAGAGAGAGAGAGAGAGAGAGAGAGAGAGAGAGAGGAGGCUUGGACGGCAGUGUUUGAGGACUGUUGUUUGAGUCGUCUGGUCCAGGAUGGACACCAUGAUGCUUCAGGAGAAACUGGUGGAGAAACUUCUGUGCCCUCGAACCCGAACCACUCGACAGAAGGAUAAGCAGUACGUUGGAUUCGCUACACUUCCAAAUCAGGUUCACAGGAAGUCAGUGAAGAAGGGCUUUGACUUCACUCUGAUGGUGGCAGGUGAAUCAGGUUUGGGAAAGUCAACUCUUGUUAACAGCCUCUUCCUCACAGAUCUCUAUAAAGACAGAAAGUUACUCAACGCUGAAGAACGUAUAAACCAGACGGUUGAGAUCACCAAACACACCGUGGACAUCGAGGAGAAAGGAGUUAAACUCAAGCUCACGAUUGUAGACACACCGGGGUUUGGAGACGCUGUUAAUAAUAAUGAAUGCUGGAAGCCCAUCACAGAUUACAUUGAUCAACAGUUUGAGCAGUACUUCAGAGACGAGAGCGGACUCAACAGAAAGAACAUUCUGGACAACAGAGUUCACUGCUGCCUGUAUUUCAUACCGCCGUUUGGACACGGUCUGCGGCCGGUGGAUGUGGAGUUUAUGAAGGCUUUACAUGAGAAGGUCAACAUUAUUCCUCUGAUAUCCAAAGCCGACUGCCUCACUCCAAAUGAAGUGAAGAAACUCAAAGACCGGGUGCGAGAUGAGAUCGAGCGCUUCGGGAUCAAAGUCUACCAGUUCCCUGAGUGUGAUUCUGAUGAAGAAGAAGAGUUCAAACAGAUGGACAAAGAGCUGAAGGAGUGUACUCCAUUUGCUGUCAUCGGCAGUAAUACAGUAGUGGAGGCCAGAGGUCAGCGGGUCAGAGGUCGUCUUUACCCCUGGGGUAUCGUGGAAGUGGAGAAUCAGUCACACUGUGACUUUGUGAAGCUGAGAAACAUGCUGAUCCGCUCUCACAUGCACGACCUGAAAGAUGUGACGUGUGACGUGCAUUACGAAAACUACAGAGCUCACUGUAUACAGGAGAUGACCAGUAAACUUGCACAGGAAAACCGUACAGACAGUCCAUUACCCAUCCUGCCCCUGCCGACACCAGACGUGGAGACAGAGAGACUUAUCAAGAUGAAGGACGAAGAGCUCAAGAGGAUGCAAGAGAUGCUGGAAAAAAUGCAACAACAAAUGCACGAGAAAGACAAGUGAUGUACACACAUACUGCAGCUCUCAGAUGUGAAUGCAUUUAAAUGAUACUGUAGAAAUACGAUGACAUCUACAGGUUCGACACGUAUCUGCUGUCGGUUCAAUGCCUGGUGCUUCUGUGUGCCUGAAUCAAACACAGUGCAGCUGUUAUGUGAUAUUACUAUGUGUUCAUGACAAAUACUAGCAAUGACGAGGAGCGUAAACAAACCCGUGUAUAAUUAACUUAUAUUAACUUUAAAAGUAUCUAAUUUAUAUGGCCUUUUUUAUUUGCUAAGCAAGACGAAUGUGUGUUUGUGUGAAUUGUUUAGAGGAAGACGUUUUCUGAAAUAACGCUGGAGUUUAUGAAUAUACAUAAACAACUGUGCUUGAGAGAGAGAGAUAGAGAGAAUUUGUAAAAUUUCUUGCAGUUUUGUUUAGUGCUUGAACUUGGUGAAUGUGAAAAUACGGUUCAUGUUUGUUGUCAAUAAACACUCAGUUCAGACUGCUGCUCUUUGCUUGUUUUAAUUAUGACGACCAUGACAUUUAAUUCAAGCAGAGCCGGUGUAUUUUAACUGUUAUUGUAUAAAAUGUUAUAAAUCUAGCAAGUGAAGCUCGCAAAUAAAUGUGAAUUAAACAUCA